AUGGCUUCAAAGCGCGCAAUUACAUCUUUCUUCUCACCUAAGGGCAUCGCAUGUGCCCCGCGGGCAGUUUCGCGGGCAUCACCCCUCCGCCUCGCCGCCAUACGCUCCCAGCCGCAGGCUGUCCCGCGAGCAAGUCUCCAAACGCGAGUCAUCCCCCAAAUCCGCCUCUUCUCCGGUUCCACCGCCCGGUUCGACGCUCCCAGCAAUUCCAGCGCAAAAGAUCAACCCCAAUUCAAGCAAUGGAACUUCGACGACAUAACUUCCCAAAUCACCAAGCCUACCAGCAAACCCACCAUCUUCAUCGAUGUUCGCGAACCCAAGGAGCUCGUAUCCACCGGCAUAAUCCCUUCCUCCCUCUCGAUCCCACUCAACUCCCAACCCGACGCUCUCUUCCUUACCCCCGAUGAAUUUCUCACCCGCUUCGGCUUCUCCAAACCAGGAAUCCCGCAAGCCACAUCCAACGGCGCUAGCACUGAUGCGCACGCGGCAGAUGCCGAUAUUGUGUUUUACUGCCGGGCUGGAGUGCGCGCGCGGGCGGCGGCGGAAUUGGCGGUGCAGGCAGGGUACGAUAGGUCGAGAAUUGGAGUGUAUGAUGGGUCGUGGUUGGAUUGGGAGAAAAAGGGAGGGAAGGUGGAGAAAUGGAAAGGGCAAGGAGAGUGA